GUGUAUUCCACUAAUUAAGUUGUCCACCUCGCAUUCCUGAGGAUAAAUUAGGCUAAUUAUAUCAAUAUAGUACCUAAAUUUAAAUUCACAUGCACGCAGAGGAAAUGAAACAUAAGCUCUAGUUAAUAUAAGGAGGGAGUUGUGGCUGAUAAAUGUCCAAUGGCUUCUCACUAAAAUUUCUAAGAAGAUGCUUCUUAUAUAUUUACCUAAGACCAAGUUUCUAGCUUGGCUGUUGUUGGCAGGCCAAAACCAGAAGUAUUUUCUUGUUAUAACCUUCCAUAAAAAAUGCGAACCUGAAGCAAGAAAAUCUCUUCAAGCCUCUUUUAGGGCACCUUGGUUUUACCAGCCUCUGGCCCCUUGAUUCUCUUUUUCCAUUCCUUCAAUUUUUUGCAUUCUGAAAAUGUUCAGGGUGCAAAUGGAAUCAAGGUCUCAUUAAAAAAGCAAAUAAAAGAGAUAGAAUUUCUAUCUCAGAAACAAUACACACACACACACACAAAAGAUUGUGCAUUUUGAUUCAGAGUUUAUACUUUCUCUCCAUCUUUUUUUCUAAAUGAAAGGAAAGGAAGGAAAAAUGGAGAAGAACGGGACCAUUUUGAUGCAGAAGUAUGAGCUUGGGAAAUUAUUAGGUCAAGGGACCUUUGCAAAAGUUUACCAUGCUAGAAACCUAAAAACGGGGAUCAGCGUUGCUAUCAAGAUCAUCGACAAAGAGAAGGUGCUUAAAGUUGGCUUGAUGGAUCAAAUCAAGCGUGAAAUUUCUGUGAUGAGGCUAAUCAAACACCCCAAUGUUGUCCAGCUCUACGAGGUCAUGGCUAGCAAAACUAAGAUCUAUUUCGCCAUGGAAUUUGUAAAAGGUGGGGAGCUCUUCAAUAAGGUUGCCAAAGGCAGGCUCAAAGAAGAUGCAGCUAGGAAAUAUUUCCAACAACUGAUGGCUGCUGUCGAUUUUUGUCAUAGCCGCGGGGUGUAUCACCGCGAUCUGAAGCCUGAAAAUCUCCUUCUGGAUGAGUUUGGAAAUUUGAAGGUGUCGGAUUUUGGAUUGAGCGCGCUGCAUGAGUCUAGAAGGACAGACGGACUUCUUCAUACGACAUGUGGAACGCCUGCCUAUGUCGCCCCAGAAGUUAUUAACAAGAGAGGUUAUGAUGGCGAAAAGGCCGACAUUUGGUCAUGUGGGGUGAUCUUGUUUGUGUUGCUUGCUGGUUAUCUUCCAUUUCAUAAUACAAAUUUAAUGGAAAUGUACAAGAAGAUAAGCAAGGGUGAAUUCAGGUGUCCUCAAUGGUUCCCUCCUGAGGUCAAGAAGCUGUUGUCAAGAAUUCUUGAUCCGCAUCCUUGUUCAAGAAUUACCCUGGAUAAGAUCAUGGAAAAUAGUUGGUUCAGAAAGGGAUAUAAACAAAUUGAACUGCCAGAUGCUUAUCUAGAUGAGGAUGAGGAGGAGGAGGAGGAGGUGAUUAAGUCUGCGGAUACUGAAUCCCCGAGAUGCAUUUUGGAUGUUCAUGACAUAACUGAAUCAGAAUCCGAAGGAAGUCAUCAUAAAAAGGAAGAAACCAGUUCAUCAAAGGCUACCACCAUGAUGAAGCCAACCUGCUUGAAUGCUUUUGACAUUAUAUCUCGCUCAGAAGGAUUCGAUUUAUCUGGCCUAUUUGAGAAAGAUGUUGAUUACAAGGCAGGAUCUCAAUUUACUACAACAAUGCAACCAUCAACGAUCGUGGCAAAACUAGAGGAAAUAGCAGCAAUGGAUAGUUUUAAGGUAAAAAAGAAAGACGGAACGGUCAAAUUACAAGGGAACAAAGGAGGGAGGAAAGGAAUGCUUGCAAUUGAUGCAGAGAUCUUUGAGGUCACUCCUUCACUUUACGUAGUGGAGUUGAAGAAGAAGGCUGGAGAUACAAUGGAAUACAGGAAAUUCUGUGAUCAAGAACUGAGGCCUUCACUGAAAGACAUGGCUUCGACUUUGCAGGGUAGUACCAGCAAAGAUCAACAACAACCAGCUUCCUGAUAUCUUUGUUUUCAAUCACACCCGAAGAAGUAAAGGGAAGUUCCAGUUCCUUUUUACUCUUUGGAAGAUUAUUUGUGGGAGUAGUAUUGUUUUAGUUGCUGCAGGUUUCUUUCAUGUGCAAUGAAUGAUAAUAGUGAUCUCUUAAAAGCUAGAGGUAGGAGUACAAUGUUGUGGUGAUAUCAUUAACAUGAGUAUCCAAAUCAUGUUGUGAAGGAAUAAACUUCUAAUCAUCUUCCUGGUAAACUGUUCUAACUAAUUAUCUGCUUCAGCAAGUGCUUUUGUCAAUGUCUGC